ACCCAAAUGGCGACGCAUGGGCUUCUUCUUGUCCUCAUCUUUUCCUCGGUCGGCUGGUCGGUCUCGUAUCAACGGCCGCCGGCGAGAGAGAUCCUCUCCGUUCCUCUCUCUGAUGACGCUGAUGGCCUCACCCCUCAACAGGUACACAUAUCUCUGGUUGGAUCUGACAAGAUGAGAGUGACAUGGAUCACAGAAGACGACGCUCCAUCAACAGUAGACUACGGCACAUCAUCCGGAUCAUACUCACACACAGCCUCAGGAUCCACAUCCUCCUACUCCUACCUGCUUUACGAUUCGGGCCGCAUUCACGACGUCAUCAUCGGUCCUUUAAAUCCAAACUCCAUCUACUACUACCGUUGCGGUUCCAACCCGACCCGUGAGUUCUCAUUCAAGACUCCACCAGCCCAACUCCCAAUCAAACUAGCCGUCAUCGGUGACUUGGGUCAGACCGGCUGGACCAACUCAACACUCCAGCAUUUGACCGAAUCCAACUACGACACACUACUCCUUCCCGGUGACUUAUCCUACGCUGACUUUUACCAGCCACUUUGGGACUCAUUCGGGCGUUUGGUCGAGCCAUUAGCCAGCACACGGCCGUGGAUGGUAACUCAAGGGAAUCACGAGAUCGAAAAGAUACCCAUUCUCGAACCCAGUUCUUUCAAAGCCUACAACGCGCGCUGGCGCAUGCCUUACGACAUGAGCUCAUCCGACUCCAACCUUUACUACUCGUUUGAUGUUGCUGGUGGUGCCGUGCAUGUACUCAUGCUUGGGUCUUACACUGACUUUGAUUCUGGCUCGGCGCAGUACAAGUGGUUGGUGGGGGAUUUGGCGAAGGUUAACAGGAAGAAGACGCCGUGGUUGCUGGCUCUUGUGCACGCGCCGUGGUAUAACUCUAAUGAUGAUCAUCAAGGUGAGGGAGAGGACAUGAGGAAGUCUAUGGAGGACUUGCUUUACAAGGCCAAGGUUGAUGUCGUCUUUGCUGGUCAUGUUCAUGCAUAUGAACGUUUUGAUCGGGUUUACAACAAUAAGAAGGAUGGUUGUGGACCUGUGUAUAUAACUAUUGGGGAUGGGGGCAAUAGGGAAGGAUUGGCGACCGAGUAUUUGGAUCCCCAGCCAGUGAUAUCUUUGUUCAGAGAAGCGAGCUUUGGGCAUGGUCAGUUCUCGGUGGUGAAUGCGACUCAUGCGCAGUGGAGUUGGCAUCGGAAUGAUGAUGAUGAGCAGGUUAUUGCUGAUCAGAUUUGGUUAACCAGUUUGGUUUCCCAAUCUGCAGCCUGUGGUUGAACUAAUUUUUCUGUUGUUGCUCAAAACAAAUUUAGAUGAUGAAUUAUAAAAUAAGUUUUUUUUUUCUUUCUCAA